UAAAAAUAAAGCGACCUUUUUAUGAAAAUUUUGACGAAAAGUUGCUUACAAAUUGAACCGCUUGACUGGAGUACAAAUUAAAGUUACCAAGUUAAACUACUGAAUUAAAAAUUGUAUAAAAUUCACGUGUUUGAGAAACACUGGAUCAAAGGAUAGCGUCUUAUCGUGUUUUCGAGAUUCGGUCGACGACCAACCACACUCGCUCAUUAGGACGGUUCAGUUUCAUCGAUUUUCCAGCUUUUCUUAAAAAAUAGAAUGUACCUUUCUAUAAACCAGUUAAACGAGAAAUGAUAAUGCGAGCUUAUGUGCCUACCUGUUUAGUAAGAAUGAGAUGAUCCAUAAUAUAUUACCUGAGAUAUAUUUCAUAGAGUACGUUGCAUACAUUGAGUAUCAGGGGGAGAUCGUAUCUGAGUGGCAUCGAGGCAUUCUGGAACGAGUGCCUCGUACUCGCCGAUGAAAAACGCGUCGAUGAGAGAUAAAACUUGUCAAUUUGUUACGCUGAAGGAGUGUAUAUGCACUUUGCCUCUGCGUAUCAUCCUGUUUUCUUAAUUGCGUCCUUUAUCUCGGGACGAUGCAGCACUUUCUCGUUGCCUGAAGGAACGCAUAACGCAUCGAGUUGUGUUAAAAUAAUAUUCUCCUCUUGCUUCUUGAAAUAAAAUUUAUACGCGUUAUUCUUGCGUCGUCCUGAUGAUUUCGUUGACUCGAAGAAAAAGGUGCUGAAUCGAUAAUACGAUCUGAUUUCUCUCGACAGUGAAGUCGCAAUCGUCCGCUCAGUCCUCGCGAAUUCAUGCACCUGGUGUGGUGGUGAAGAUGCAAUGGAUGAUGCGAAGAAUCCCGCAUAUAAUCUCGAGGUUGGCGAACUAUUGCGGUGAGUUCAAUGCCUUGGUCUCCAAAGAACGCGGAUGCGAUCGGCGAUUCCUCAUCUUGAACGAGAAGGAAGAUGCCGCUCGCUCUUCGAGAAACGUUGUCGACCGAAAUUUUGCGUUAUCGCGAACGUUCGCGAGAGACUUUGGCACUUCCGCGAGGAAGACACCGCCUGAACCUCGAAGAGUCCCAUUUCUCGGCACGAUGUUGUCCCUGAUGAUGGCCGGUGGCCCGCAGAAGCUGCACGAAUACGUGGACAAGAGGCAUCAGGAACUAGGCCCGGUCUUCAGGGAACAAAUCGGGCCACUGUGGAUCGUCUUCGUCAAUUCGCCCGAUGAAUUUCGCAGGAUCUUCCUGCGACUCGAGGGUCCUACGCCGCAGCACUUUCUGCCGGAGGCCUGGAGACUCUACAACGAGAUCCGGGAGCAGCGACGAGGAUUGCUCUUCAUGGAUGGAGAUGAAUGGUUGCACUUUCGCCGGAUCCUCAACAAGAUGAUGCUGCUGCCCGAUUCGACAGAACCGAUGUGCGUGCCCUGCCAGGAAGCCGCCGAGAAUCUAACGAGGAAAUGGAAGACUUACAGUUUAACCGGAGCUACAAUACCGAAUCUGGAGCAUCAACUUUAUCUGUGGUCUAUCGAGGUGAUGUUGGCGACUCUGGUAGGGUCGCGAUGGCGAGAUUGGAAGCCGCAAAUAGGUCCCGAGACGGAGUAUCUGGCACUGAUGCUGCAUCGGAUCUUCGUGUUUUCCGCCACUCUGUCGAUGAUGCCGGCCAAACUAGCGAUGAGACUCAGGUUGCCGGCGUGGACCAAGUUUGUUCACACUGCUGACAUGAUUAUGGCCAAGGUGCGCAGUCUAGUCCCGGAUAUGAUCUCUCUAAGUAGCGAUGGACUCCUAUGGAUGAUGAUGAACGAAGGUAUCCACAACGAUGACGUCGUGAGAAUCAUCGUCGAUUUUAUCAUAGCCGCUGGUGACACGACGGCGGUCACCAUGCAAUGGGUGUUGCUGUUGCUCAGCAGUCGUCCCAAGCUGCAAGAUCAAUUAUUUUCCGAUAUCAAGGAUCUGCCGCCGAAAGAGAUCCUGCGGCAUCCCCUAUUAAAAGGCGUGUGGAGAGAGGCACUAAGGUUGCACCCUACCGCACCUUUCCUGUCGAGAUACUUGCUGGAAGACACCACAAUUGGCGGCUAUUUUGUGUCGAAAAAGGACUUGAUCAUUCUGUCGAUUUACUCGAGCGGGCGUAACGGGGAAGAUUUUCCAGAGCCGAACGAGUUCCUGCCGGAAAGAUGGGUCAGGACGAAGGACAAUUUUUACCAGGGCGUGAAGAAUUCUUAUGCAACUCUGCCGUUCGCGAUGGGCGUGAGAAGCUGCAUCGGUCGCAAGCUCGCGGAAACGCAAAUGUCCCUCACGUUGGCGCAGCUUAUCAAAAACUUCAAGAUCGAGUGCGAGAAUCGCGAUGGUAUAAAGAUGAUUUUGCAUCUGAUUUCUAUACCAUCGAAGCCUAUUCAAUUAAAGCUGACAAAAAGGAAAGUAUAGUGAAGGUGAGACUAUAGAGGAAAAGAUUGAUAGGAUAAAGAAAUAAUUGAUAUAUAAUAUAAUGAAUAUACAUAAAAUAUAAAAAAAAUUCAAUUCAAAAUGCUAGAGAAUAUAUGAUGCAGAAAUCAAUAGUAUUAAAUUUCCGCAUAUACGUGUAUGCCACGUCAUAAUCUAUGAAGGUAAAUAAAAAGCAAAUAUAAAAAAUUUGCUACAUAAAUUGGAACUUUCGAAGGAAUAUCUUU